AUGGAGAAGAGAGUUUGGCGCAAGAUCGAUAUGUAUGUUGUGCCCGUUGUCGCCAUGUUCUACCUUUUAUCUUUUCUGGAUCGGACAAACGUAGCCAAUGCUCGGGUUGCAGGUUUGCAAACAGACCUCAAAAUGAGUAACAAGGAGUACAGUAUUGCGUUGACUGUCACCUACGUACCAUAUAUUGUCGCUGAACUACCCUCAAACCUCAUGCUCAAGGCUGUAGGACCCAAUUUAAUGCUUCCGACGAUGUUGACCCUCUGGGGUGUUGUGACUACACUCCAAGGUGUCGUCAAGACAUAUUCGGGUCUUCUCGCGUGUCGAUUUUUUCUCGGUUUGCUUGAGGGCGGCGUUUUUCCGGGACUCGUGCUCUACCUCUCGUACUUUUAUCCUCGAUACAAAAUGAACUUACGAGUUUCCAUGUUCUUCUCUGCUGCCUCACUUUCCGGUGCCUUUUCCGGCAUACUGGCGUUCGGUAUCAUUAACAUGGAUGGUAUCGGAAAUCGCCCAGGUUGGGCUUGGAUUUUCAUCCUCGAAGGCUUGUUCACAGUCUUGUUCGGUGCAUCUUCUUAUUUCACCCUUCCGCGAUCUGUCGAUACGGCGUGGUUCUUCAAUGCCGAAGAAAAGAGCUACGUGAAUGCAAAAUUAUUGGAAGACAAUACGCAGAAGGACGAAGAAAGGUUUACCUGGAAAGAAGUUGUAGAGGCUACCAAGCUUCCCCAGGUUUGGUUCCUAGCUAUCGCAUUUUUCCUCGAUGGUGUUGUGCUAUAUUCAUUGGCAUACUUUUCUCCAUCAAUUAUCCAAGGGCUGGGAUUUACUGCAGCAAGAGCACAGUUGAUGAGUGUACCACCCUUCGCAGUGGGAUUUGUCGUUGCAAUGAUUUCAUCUUGGCUUUCUGAUCGCUACCGAUGUCGUGGAAUCGUUGUCAUCGUCUCCUCUAUCUUCUGUGUCAUUGGUUUUGCCAUGUUCCUAGGCUCAAAAUCGCAUCAUGUUCAAUAUGGAUCUCUCUUCUUCUCAAUACCUGGAACAUACACUACUGCGCCUACACUCUCCGCCUGGAGUUCAAACAACGCAGCUCCGCAGACACGCCGUGCAACCGCGAUUGCAAUUGGCUUCAUCAUGACCAAUUCUGGCGGCAUUCUUGCUACGUGGCUUCUAGGCUCACUUAGUCCUGCACCUGAAUACACCUCCGCCACAAUAACAUUACUAGUUUUCAGUGCAGUGAUGGCUUUAUUCGGAGGUGUGAAUCUCUUUUACCUGUGGAACCAGAACAAGAAGAAAGCGGAAAUCAGGAGGACUUUGACACGGGAGCAUGAAAAAUCUGGACUAGGGGAUCGUAGUGCUUGGUUCAUUUACAAUCUAUGA